AUGUACGAUUGCAUAACCCACUAUUUUCUCAGUCUUUCAGCCGGUCUCUUUCGUCAAGCAACCUACACAACUGCAUGUCUUGGAAUUUAUCAAACUCUUUUUGAACAUUUUAAGACAUCAGAUGGUCGUACACCACUAUUCUUUACAAAUUUAAUGUUGGGCGUUGUAGCCGGUGGACUCGGUUCCUUUAUUGGCACACCAGCUGAAAUUGCCUUGGUACGAAUGACUUUAGAUGGUCGACAGCCUUUGUCGGAACGUCAUAACUAUAAACAUGUUUUCAAUGCCUUGACUCGAAUUGCAAAAGAAGAAGGAAUUCUAAAGUGA